AUGCGCGACACCCCCUCCAAAUUCAUCGAGAUUCUCGAUCCAAAGGACACUUCCCGCAUGUCUGACUCAGACGUCCGCCUAGAAGAUGUCCUCGCCGACCACGAAGCAAUAAGCAGUCGGCCCCGCUCUUCAACACAAUCUUCCACAAAGCCCAUGGACAAAUCCAUGUCGCGUUGCAACUCGACCUCUCCCACCCCACGCUGGAAGCGGCUGAGCAAUAUCCUUGUGCAGCCUCGUCGCAACGCUUAG